CUCCACUUCAGUCAAUCCUCUUUUAUACGCCUUUUUGCCAUCGAGGACUCAUUGUUGAUGAAAAAAAUGAGUAAAAUCCGUCAGAUAAUUUCGAUUCCUUUGGAAAUGCUGUGAUGGAUGGAAUCGAGGUAAAAUGCAGGUGUCCCAGGACAUUCAGGAGCUCAGGAAGAUCAGGAAUAAUUCUGACAAUUGUUUGUUUAUGUUAAUUGGCUGGUGGAUUUUAUUUGUCAUUUAUGACAAGUGCCUUCAUCUGCUACUUCGACGUAUGCAUUAUGGAUUGAUAAAACGUCGGAGAAUAAUAGACGCCCUGUGGUGCACUGGCUUCACAUUCCUCAGUGCACUUUAUGUAAAAUUCUUGGUGCCUAAAUCCGUGGAUAAUGCCUGUAUUUUUGAUAAACCUCGGUACCUGGAGCUGGGUAUUGUCUUUCACAAGAGUUUUUAUCUGCACAGGACUGGAGUUGAAAUUGUUUAUCAUGGGGACUGGCUGAGUGGAUGGACGAGUCUCAUGUUCUGCCUGAUAAUUCACAGCUCGUCACAACUAAAGUGGUUUGAUAUUAUUAUGAAUUUAUUAUUCUUCAAAGCCACCUCCAUGUCUCUCAUGAACACCUGCAGAAUUCUCUCAAUUAUUUUAACGAGGGAAAGAUUAAUUGCUGUCAAGGCAUUGCUGGGGAUUUAUUUUACGAAUAUGAUAUACGUCCACACUCUAGUCGUACCUGAUUUUACCCUGUGGAACGCUCGAGGCCUUAAAAAUGAUGUCUUGACACUCGUCUGCAUGUGGCUGUGGCUCCUCAUGGAGUUUCUCCACGAGGUAAAGAGCAUCAGGCGGGGAUACGUACACCCUGAACAAUUUCUUAAUUCAUAUUUAUUCGUACCGUCGUCUCGGGGUUCCAUCGAAUUGCGUGAGACAUGCAUGAAAUUGAGGGAAUUAUCGAGUGAUAAAAUGUCUGAUAAUUUUGAGACCAAAAAGAGCGCACAACUCUGGCAAACACUAUCUUGCGCGAUGAUGCUGAAGAGAAAAGUGAGAAAACGCCGAGAGAUCAAGGAAAAUCGUCUCUUAUCGUCACAAUAACAAUUUUUUUAAAUCAUCAAUUAUUUUUUAAUGAAAACCCCGAAAAAAUCCGGAAUAAAUACAUUCUCAUUUAAUUUCUAUUUUUCCUCGGAUUUUAAUAUCAAAUAAAAAUAAUUAUUACAGGUAUUCGAAUUUCUCAUUCACCCAAAAUACCAAAAUAUUUCGUGUCCGCGACAAUUGACCAAAAUAAAUUAAUCAGUAAAAUUAAUUAAUAAACUUCAUUCGCGGGAUCCCCACCAGUGGCAAAUGAAUAAGUAAAUCGUGUAAUUAGCUGUUACGUCAGAAUAAUUAAUGAAA